GUGGUGGUGAAGUCGCUGAGCGCCGCCGUCUUCCUCCUCUACCUGCUCUCCUUCGGGCUGGACACGGCCUACGGGCUGGGGGUGACCCCCGGCUAUCUCCUGCCCCCCAACUUCUGGGUCUGGACGCUGCUGACGCACGGGCUGGUGGAGGAGCGGGCCUGGGGCUUUGCCCGCCGGCUGAGCAAUUUGCUGGCCUCAUACGGCUUCGGGCUCCUCUCCAGCUGGGUCUAUCUCCGUUUCUACCAGCGGCACAGUAGAGGCCGCGGAGACAUGUCUGACCACUUUGCCUUCGCCACUUUCUUCCCCGAGAUCCUGCAGCCCGUGGUGGGUCUGGUGGCCAACCUGGUGCACAGCCUCCUGGUGAAGGUGAAGGUCUGUCGCAAGACGGUCAAACGUUACGACGUGGGUGCCCCGUCAUCCAUCACCAUCAGCCUGCCAGGGACGGACCCCCAGGACGCUGAGAGGAGAAGGCAGCUGGCCCUGAAGGCCCUGAACGAGCGGCUGAAGCGCGUGGAGGACCAGUCGGCCUGGCCCAGCAUGGAGGACGAGGAGGAGGAGGCAGGGGCGAAGGCUGACAGCCCGCUGCUCCCCGACCCCGGCACAGCUGGGAAGGGCACCACCCAGGAGUCCAGCCUCAUCACCUUCCAGGAUGCCCCAUCCCAGCUGUGA